GUACCAUAUUUAUGUGGCAUUAUGGCUUCAGGAUUUUACUGGGUUUGUGGUAUCAAAGAUGUAAUGCCAAUGUGACAUGCACAAGUUAAAUCUGUUUUAAAAAAAAAUCCAGAUAAUGUUUUUUUUAUGUUCUACUUUCUCUGUUUUCUUCCAUCUGAAGCUAAUGCAAAACCAGUUUAGUUUCACAGCUUGCCUGCACAAGCUGUGAUAGAUUUUCUCUUUGUAUUUCUCUGAAAUAUAUAUACAGAAAGAUGCAAAGUUCCUUUAAGGUGGUAGAACUAAGUGUUUGCUUUUCUGUGUCUUUGAAAUCUAAAGGUCAUCAGAUAAAAAAGAGAUUUUGCAUUUUUUAAAAUUGUAUUUUUUAAUGGUUUCAGAGUGCAGGAGAGAUGAACUGCUUCUUAAAAAACAGUUUUAAAGUAGUGGUUUAUCAGGAGCUUCAGAGAGAGUUUCAGAAUAUUAGGUGGUGUUGACCUACCUGCAAUGUUUGCUCUAAGAAAGUGGGUUGCGGUCUUCUCCUUGUCUGCUGAAUUUUGGCUUCUGUGGGGAAGGGACAUAAGAUUUCCCAGAAGAAUCUCAUCAAACCUGUUAAGUUGUCUCCUCCCUGGUAGCUAUGUAAGGCUGUGUGGGGGCUUGAGCUGUAUUUGAUGACUCAAGCCAGAAUAUCCUCCUACCUCUUUGGGGCUGUGUUGCUCCUGGAGAGCUGAGAGUCUCUCUGAAGAUUGAGGAGGCUGUGGGGUGGCUGGGGGUAUACUAGAGUCCUCUGGGAGCUUAGAAUUCCUUGGUGAAGACAGGGAUAGUUUGGCUGGACGUAGCAGUGUCAGCUUUGCCAGAGUAUUGGCUUUAUGAGAAUCUGUAUUUUUUGCUUAUUUUGUAAAAAAUCGUAUCGGACUACUACACUUUAGGAGAGUUGAAAACUGCAGUGCAGGACCCAAGAUCAGAUUGGAGAAUGCUGUUUGAGCAUUAUGUUUGUGACAGCAGAGAACUGGAAGACUGGUUGAUUGACAUACUAAAAUGGAGUAUUUACCAGUGCAGUGGUAUGAAAGACUUUGGCAGAAAAGUAGUGAUGUGGUUUAUGUCAGCCCAGGGCAGUGAAUGUUCCCCUUUUUCCAGUUUAAGGUGCACAUGGAACAAGCUGAUGCUCAACACAGCAAAAGUAACUAAGGUGCUGACAAGUUUUGACUUCUUCAUCCUCAUAAACAUGAGUGAAGUUCAGGCUAUGGUAGAAUUCUCCGUGGAGCUCCACAAAUUCUUCAAUGUGGAUUUGUUUCAAAGAGGCUUUUACCAGAUUCGUGCAUCUAUGAAAAUUCCUCCAAGAAUACCACACAUAUUGGAAGCUAGUUUGCUACAUGGAACUGGUGCAACAGAUCUGGCCUUUCCUGCUUCAGUCCAUGACAAUAUAGUUUGCAGCAAAACAUUUCAGAUUCUUUACAAAAAUGAGGAAGUUUCUGUGAAUGAUGUGAUGAUUUUCAAAAUAAAAAUGCUGUUAGAUGAGAGGAAGAUCGAGGAGUCACUUAAUGAAAUGAAUUUUCUGCUAACAUUAGAUUUACACUUCACGGAUACAGACUACUCACCAGAUGACCUGAGCACACUACAGCCAAUUAGUAGCCGAACUUUAAAGUUGCACUUUAACCUACACCAGGGCCUUCAUCAUUAUGUCAAUGUUAUGUUUGAUUACUUCCACCUUUCUGUCAUAUCGGUUAUAGUCCAUGCUUCUUUGGUUGCUCUUCAUCAGCCAUUGAUAAGUUUUCCUCGCCCAGUGAAGAAUACGUGGUUGAACAGGAAUGCACCAGCACAAAACAGGGACUCUGUGAUUCCUUCUCUUGAAAGUGUGGUCUUUGGCAAUAACUACACAAAACAAUUAUCAGCAGACGGUUGCAGUUUUGUUGUUUCAGAGUCUUUCCUCAACCAUGCUUAUAAUUUCCACUAUACACUUUGUGCCACUUUGCUGCUUGCUUUCAAAGGGUUACAUAGAUAUUUUAUUACAAUAACCAAGGAUCUCCCCUCUUCUCACCGAAUUGAACUAGCCAAGGCCAGCAUGCAGGUCCUUUAUGAACGCCUUCUCAGAAGAAAAUAUCCACGAACCCAGAGAUUCGCCUACCUAGAAAACAUAGAUGUAGAAAUUCGUCUUACAGAAUUGUGUGAAGAAGUCAAGAAAAUGGAAAAUCCUGAUGAACUGGCAGAACUUAUAAAUAUGAAUCUAGCUCAGCUUUGCUCACUUCUGAUGGCUCUCUGGGGGCAGUUUCUGGAGGUCAUUACCUUACAAGAGGAGGUCACAGCUUUGCUAGCACAAGAGCAUCACACAUUAAGAGUGCGCAGAUUUGCUGAAGCGUUCUUUUGCUUUGAGCAUCCUAGGCAAGCUGCUCUUGCCUUUCAAGAACUACAUGCUCAAAGUCAUCUACAGGUGUGUGCAGCUAUCAAAAACAUUUCCUUCUGCAGUUCUCUUCCACCCCUCCCUAUUGAAUGCAGUGAAUUAGAUGGAGAUAUGAACUCCUUGCCUAUCAUCUUUGAAGAUCGGUAUUUAGAUUCAGUUACUGAAGAUUUGGAUGUACCCUGGUUAGUAGCUCAGAGUGUUCCAAAGGCAGAGUCCAAUAAACUGGAUAAAUUAGAAGCUGAAGAAGGUUUUGUUGCUGGUUUUAGUAGCCCAGAACUGAAAAUGAGACCUGCUGGUGCCUCUAUCUUUUGGCAUUCAGAAGCUGAAAAGAUGCUAACAAAAACCUUCAAAGGGAAAAAUGAAGAUACAAAUAAAUCCAAAGCUAAGGUUGCUAAACUAAUAAAAACAAUGAAAGCUGAAAACACAAAAAAAGUUGUAAAACAGAACUCAAAGGAUUCUGUGGUGUUAGUAGGAUACAAAUGUUUGAUAAGUGCAGCACUGGAAAAUGCCUGUAGAAGGUUAGAUGGUGAGCCUUCAUACAGUGCUAAUGAAGGGCUGGACCCUGGAGUAAGUGGAAUUCCUUGUGAUACAAAGGCCUGUAUCAGGCAAAUAACUAGAAGAGACCUUCCAUUGUUGCCAUAUGAUGAAAUGGCUGUCAAGAUUGAGGGUGACCAACCAGGUCCAAGAAGUCCUGUACACUGUGAAAAUGAGGCUAUUUUUGAUAGACUGACAAUCUCCCAGACUGGUUCUGGAGCUGUUCAAGCAGAUAGUGCUUUACAACACGGAGGUACACUUGAAGGUUGUCGUGGGGCUCAACCAGCGUCCUCUGGAGUCAGGACAACUGAGGUCAAACUAAGUAAUAAGAAUCUUUAUGAAGAGGAGAAAGGAGUGGCUCACACUGGAUCAUGGGCUAAGUUUCUGCAAGAUGAAGUGCAUGAAGAUAAUUUGCUGACACCCAAUGUUCAGUCUUCAGAAUCUAGAAAUAAAUUGAAUUUGGGAGAACAGGAACCUAUGCUUGAAAAGGAAGAGGUCCAUGAGAGAAAUUGCCAGCAUACCAGUGAUGUCUUGACAAAAAUGAAAAGCAAUCCACCUACUCUUUCAACAAAAGAAAGUCAAAUCUCUGCAAGUGGAGACAUGACUAAAUUACCAGAUCUUAGUGUGACAUAUGCCUCUUCUAGAUUUUCAGAUUCAGGUGUAGAAAGUGAACCGAGUUCUUUUGCAACUCAUCCCAACCCUGAUCAUGUUUUUGAAAAUGUUCAUGGACACAAUGGUGAGAGAGCAUUUCCUCAGCCUUUAUUAAAACCAGACUGUGCAAUAAAAAACACAAUCGAAAGCCAUUGCACUGAGAGUACAAGUGCUGUAAGUGAAAUACAGUCAUCCCUGACAUCCAUAAAUUCACUUCCUUCAGAUGAUGAUGAGCUGUCACCUGAUGAGAAUUCAAAGAUGUCUGUUGUACCUGAAUGCCAGAUAAGUGACAGCAAAACAGUAUUGGAUCUAGGAGCAAUUGACUUGCCAAAAUGUGAUGACAGGAAAACAUCAAACACCAAUUUGCAGGAACAGCUUGUUGUGUAUUCAGGGCACUUGGAUAACAAAACUCUGUCUAUACAUUCCUCACUCUCAGGAAAAAAAGAUCAGUUACACUUGGUUGUUUCAGAUGAGGACACGCCUACUGAUGUGGAAAGUUGCGGCCCACAAACAGGCCCUGGCACAACCCGCAAGGAUCCUCAGGACCUUGAAAGGCAUCCUAGAGCUGCUGGAGAAACAGUUAAAUUGUGUUUGGAAACAGCUUGUAUGGGUGAGCCAUCUGCUGUUUCAGGUUCUUCACCUGUAAAUGCAGCGGUUAAAAAAACAAACAAAGAUGAGCCCUUAGAAUUUAAGGGCACAACUGAAGAACUGUCAGAAGGUAAAAGUGAAACUGGUACAGAUAAUCCUCCAGCUGGUAGUGCUGACAUGGUCAGGCAAGGGCUUGUUGAAAACUAUUUUGGCUCUCAAAGCAGCACAGAUAUUUCAGAUAUUUGGCCUAUGAACAACAGCAAUCCUGUUAGCCCUCAAAAGGAAGCAUAUGAAAAACAAAUUAUUUGUUCUUCCCAACAAGAUGAGGAAGAAGAGGAGGAUCAAGAAAUGAUUGAAAAUGGGUAUUAUGAAGAAACUGAUUAUAGUAUAUUAGAUGGAGCAUGCAGUGCUGACCGAGAUCAUGGCUUAGCAGAAGAGAGAGCCCUGAGACCUGAAAUGAUUGACAGUGGACACCUGCAAGACAUAAUGACUGUGCCCCCUGUCUGUACUCCUGGUUGUUUGUCUUUCCCUUCUUCUCUGAGAGACUCUCCCUGCAAUGUUACCUCUUCUUCAAAGAAUAAAUCUGAUGCAAUUACACAACAGCCAGGCAGCACAUCCUACAGCUCAGCUUCAGCUGUUUCCUGGUAUGAAAGCUCCCCAAAACCUCAAAUGUUAGCUUUCCUCCAGGCUAAAGAAGAAUUGAGGCAACUUAAACUUCCUGGAUUUAUGUAUAGUGAUGUUUUCAAACUGGCUUCUUCAAUACCUUAUUUCAGUAUGGAAGACGAUGAGUGUUCAGAAGAAGGAGUACAUCUUAUAGUUUGUGUCCAUGGCCUAGAUGGUAACAGUGCAGAUCUAAGAUUAGUGAAGACUUACAUUGAGCUAGGGCUGCCUGGAGGAAGAAUUGAAUUUCUUAUGUCUGAAAGGAAUCAGAAUGAUACCUUUGCUGAUUUUGAUUCCAUGACAGAUCGCCUUUUAGAUGAAAUUAUUCAGUAUAUACAAAUUUAUAAUCUACCCCUUUCAAAAAUCAGCUUUAUUGGACACUCACUGGGUAAUUUAAUAAUCCGUUCAGUGCUCACAAGACACAGAUUUAAGUAUUACCUCAACAAACUUCAUACCUUCCUGUCUCUGUCUGGACCACAUCUUGGUACCCUCUACAACAGCAGUGCUCUUGUUAAUACAGGACUGUGGUUUAUGCAGAAAUGGAAGAAGUCUGGUUCUUUAUUGCAACUGACAUGUCGAGACCAUUCAGAUCCACGACAGACAUUCUUAUAUAAACUCAGUAAAAAAGCAGGUCUUCAUUACUUCAAAAACAUUGUGUUAGUAGGAUCUCUGCAGGAUCGUUAUGUUCCCUAUCACUCUGCUCGCAUUGAGAUGUGUAAAACAGCUUUAAAGGAUAAACAAUCAGGACCAAUUUAUGCUGAAAUGAUUCAGAACCUGCUUCUGCCAGUUCUUCAAAACAAGGAAUGUAAUUUGGUUCGUUAUAAUGUAAUUAAUGCAUUACCCAAUACAGCAGAUUCUCUCAUAGGGAGAGCUGCACACAUUGCUGUUCUUGAUUCAGAAAUAUUUUUAGAAAAAUUCUUUCUUGUUGCUGCCCUAAAAUAUUUUCAGUAGAGAAAAGCAUUGUCAGAGACUUGGUUAUUACCUCAUUAACAGAUGAAUUCAGAUAAUGUGUGGUGUUAAAGUAUAGCUACAGCUGUAUUUUAAGAGAUAUUUAUACUUUUUAUAUGGAAGAUAAUUUAUAUCAUCCACACUUAGGGCUUUUUAACAUCAACUUUACUUUCUAGGUAAUGUGACUGUGCAAUAUUUUUUUAUUUUGUUCUUUUUACUUUUCUAUUACUUUUUCUUAAUUUUGGGUACCUAAUUAUUUGGAAAUUAAAGCACAGUGUGUACUUUUGUUUGGUUAUUGGCUUUCAGACAACAGAAGUCGAUGUUACUUGGCUACAUUUUACAAGAGGCUUUACAUGCCAACAAUAAAUUGGAUUUUAAAAUUCUAACAAUGUCUUACGUGUUCACUUGUCGUAUUUUAGCACUGUAGGAAGUUUAACUGGAAACACAAUGAGCUGCUAAAAUACUGGAUAUUUGAAAAUUACUAUAUCUGCUACAGCUUAACAGUUUUUUACAAAAUCAUUACUGUCAUUGUUAAAAAUGUUAUGCCUAUGGGAAUAUAUUUUCUGCUGAUUUCAAAAACAUGUUCGUUUACAUACUCAAAUUUUAUGACUGGAACUUUUGUUUUCAGAAGAAAAUUGCAACUAAAGAUUUUUGAAUGUUCAAUGAUAUCUUCAUUAUAAUUGGGGGUUUGCAAACUGUAUUAAGAUGGUUCCUUACUCUGUCAGUUCUUCAGAUGAACAUGGACAAUUUUAUGUGGACUUCCUUGUAUAUACUUAAAAUAAGUAAAUGUUAUAAAUUUCUGCAAUACUUUUAUGAAUUUAAAAAAUUUUUAAAUAUUGUUAAAAUGUUUUAUUGACUAUAAAGUAUUGUAAAUAUAAAUCAAUACAUCUUCAAUUGAGACUAUUGUAAACUUCACCUGUUUAGUGACACAGAUAAAAUGUUUUUGAUAUACAGGAAUGUUAAAGAUCUGACUUUCUACUGGUGCUGAAUAGUAUUGUUUGGUUUCUUCUUCCUUCCCUUUUCUUUGUUUCAAACAAUAGUUCACUAAAGCUGGGGGAAAAGAGUUAUAUGUGCAUUCACGAAUUGUACACUAAUUGUAAUGAACAUUUUUUGAAAAAUAUAAAUUUGUUGUAUAAUGCAUGUUUAUUUUUAGGAUUGUGUUAUUGCAUCUGGUGUUAAUAAAAUGAAGAAAUUACUCUAAUGAAAGCAAUUAAAGAAACUGAAAUGUUCUGCUAAUUACCAAAAUUCUGGGGAAGCUUUUUGUAUAUAAUUAAUAAUUUUGUACUUUUGAAGUUAAUAUAGCAAUAAUAAUUGAAAUUAUUAUAUAUAUAUAUAUAUAUGAAAUGUCUAUAAUUAUAGAUGAAGUGAUUUUGCAUUUGA